AUGGGUGAGGAAGUCAAGUCCAUCAACUUCAACCUGAGGAGGCAAGCUCGGGAGACCAGGUCUCGGCCUUGGUUGACCGGAAGCAAGCUCCGAGGACGGUCAUCUUCUGGUCUCAAUGGUAGCAAGGAUGCCCCCAAGCUACCAGAGAGUACCACUGCGGCAAUUGUCACCGACCAGCCGCCCUCUCAAACUGGCAAGUGUGAUCAAGAGGGGCUCUGGGCGGGCAGAACCAUAAAGGAGCAGGCGAAGGCCGUUCUUUCCAAAGCUUCGGCUGCGGUCUCCAAGAUCCCCCGUUGGGUGGGUCUUAGAGGUGGUGUGUCCCGUCCUUGCAAACCUCAGCCACUUGCUGGUGAGGGCGUGCUUGGAAAGGACAAGCCAAUCGCCAUGUCUCCUACCGUCGCAGGGGAGACGACCACCAAGUCCCGGCUUCCCGUCCGCGUCAAGAAGUUUGUUGCUAUGCGACGGUCUGUCUCAGUACAGAUGCGACGUAGCAAGGCUCCUGAUGCUAAUGGCGGGAAGCAUGAGGACAAGGUGGUUGGCAAAAAAACCUCUCUUGACCAGAAGUCCGGCGAAGCCAAGGGUCCUGCGAAGCGGACCCAGGGUAGUAUGAAGCCGAAGCCGCUCAAGCUUCGAGUUGUCCUUCCGGGGCGCUCGAUCUUGAAGCAUCGUGCCGAUCUCCCUGGGGAAACGGAGCAAGUGCAACCUGCGGAGGAAGGGGUCCCAUCCCAACCGAAGCGAAAGGUGCACUUUUCAUACCCAGACGGUGAGCCAAUGGACGACACGGUCAAACCUCAGCCUAGUGCUGAGUUUUCUGUCCCUGACGACCGUCACUGGAAAAAGUAUCGGCAAUGGAGCGCCAACCGUUGCUGCCGUCAGGUCAUGUGCGUUUGCUCCGGCAACAGGGUUUACCCCCCAGACGGAGAAGACUGGCGCUUUGAGCAGGACCAACGUGGUUACGACUACUUGGCCCUCUCUGGCGGCAUUUUUGGAGGUGAGCUGCACUUCAUUUCAAAGCUAGACGGGAUGGCUUUGAAAUGA